AUGGGCACUACUAAACCUCAGACAAACCGCCAAAAUAACUUACAGCAAGCUAGAGGAAAGGAUGGAAGCAAUCAGCACUUUCGAAAACGCAAACCGAAAGGGGUGGACGAACUACCCGGUGUCCAAAAGAUCAAAUCUUCAAUACGACAGACUAAAAGGCUUCUCGCUAAGGACAAUCUGGAUGCAGAUGUUCGAGUUACCACUGAAAGGAGAUUAAAAUCGUUGGAAAAUGACCUGGCUAAAGCAGAGUUGGCCAGAACCGAGAAAACCAUGGCGGCUCGAUAUCAUAAGGUAAAGCUCAGCCCUUUUAGGCGAAAUGUUUAUCAAGGAACUGAUACUUCUCAAAUAUCCAGGUCAAGUUCUUUGAUCAAACGUCUAUUGGAAACACCCCUUGAUGCAGAUGGAGAGAAACUGGGCAAAAAGGAGAAGAAGGCUCUCGAAAAGGAACUAGUGGAAAAGAGAAUUGACUUGAACUAUAUCACAGCGAAGAAAUACAUCUCGUUGUACCCGAACUCUACUGAGGAUGGGAGCGAUGAUGGCAAGAAUAGCGCUGAAGAGGUACCGAAUGGAGUCAAUAGUACUGCUGAAACGGAUCAGCAAAGACAGGGGUUGAGGGAUGCGGUUAAGGCAGCCAUGGAAUCUGGAGAAAUGAGUGGUGAACCAGAGCUAUAUCUCUCUGAUAUGCACAAAAUCACAUCAAUCCCUGUACAAACGAGCACUCGGAUAUCGGAACAUUCCGUUGGGCCCUCAGAAGGAACUAAAAAGAGCAAGCGAAAGAAAGGCACGGUCAUAGAAGUCCUGAACACUACAGAAAUGGACACUAGUAUCGCUAACGACGAGUUCUUCGACAUAUAA